GCCCUACAAAUGUAAUAAGGACUCCGUCGACAAAUACAGCGAAGAAGUUGAGGUGGCUGCAGCUGGACUCUCUUGUGACAGCCGAGGAGCGACAGGAUCACGUGGUUCGGUAACGCAUAGACUUACAUACGAUGUGUUUGGUUCGCGUGCUGACACGGUGGAUAUGUAGACCAAGCGUAAUGUUAUGGAAGACCGGCCGCUCGCAUCCAGAUAAUCGCGGAUUCGCUGGCGGUAAAUUGGAAGAAUUUGUUACCCCCGGAAAAGGAAUAUAUGCAUCUGUCAUUGUGCCUAACAGUUACGUUUUGUAACAACCUUCUAAAACUUUGCGAUAAGGCACAGACCAGAGGAGAGGAAACGGAACAAACAUUUCAGCAUGGACCUGAAGACCUUCCUGCAGCUUUUUGUACUCGUGGUCUGGGCUCUGGACGGAACCUUUUGUGUUGAAGGAAAGCUUUUUGUUGACUUUUCUGCACAGAGGGAGAAUAUCCUGGCAAACAGCGCCCGGUCGGCCAACAGCAGCCGCGUGUUUUACGGGAUAAUGAUGGACGCCGGCAGCACAGGCACUCGUAUCCAUGUUUACGCUUUCAUCCAGGAGGACCCGGACGGGCUGCCGUAUUUGCACAACGAAACGUUCCAUUCGGAAGAGAUUGGUUUAUCUUCAUAUGUGAACACGCCUGUGGAGGCUGGGAAGCUGGUUCGCGAGCUACUGAAGGUUGCAACAGCGGUGGUGCCUCGCGACAUGUGGCACGUGACCCCGCUGGUGCUGAGGGCCACUGCAGGCUUUCGGCUGCUCCCUGCGGAUAAAGCUCACGUGUUGAUUGAGGAGAUCAAGGAAGUCUUCAGUCAGUCCCCCUUUUUGGUGACAAGCAGAAGCGUCAGUAUCAUCGACGGUACAUAUGAAGGAAUCCUGGCAUGGGUGUCUCUGAACUUCCUAACAGGGCAUUUGCAUGUCGACAUGAAGAGAUCAGCAGGCGUUUUAGACCUGGGUGGGGCCUCAACCCAAAUCACAUUUCUACCUAAAUGUCAGAAAACUGUUAAUAAAGCUCCUACUGAUCAUGUCGCCAAAUUGGAGAUAUUAAACACAACAUACCUGCUCUACUCUCACAGUUACCUCAAAAAUGGACUCAAAGUUGCUCGCCUCGUCACUUUAGGGGCCCUGAGUGAUGCAGAUCCAGGAAAGAAAGUUUUUAAAAGUUUGUGCUUGCCGAGGAACUAUUCUGUUAAUUAUACCUUUGGUGGAAUCACGUAUGAAAUCAGUGGAAAUAUAAAUGGCUACAAUGGCUACGAGACCUGCUACAAAGAGGUUUUGAAGGCCAUCAAGGGCUCUGUGCGCAAGCCAUACAAUAUUCAUGAGAACGUGUUUUAUGCUGUUGCCUACUACUAUGACAUGGCUAAGGACUCGGGCCUCAUUGAAGGCAGUCAAGGUGAGCAUGUGGAAGUGAAAAGGUUUAAGAAGAAAGCAAAAGAAGUAUGCAGUGACAAGUCCAAGGAUCACUACGCCAAGCCUUUUGAGUGUAUGGACCUGACAUACAUCACAGCCUUGCUGACGGAGGGCUUUGGCUUUCAGGACAGCGUGGGCCUGCAGGUAAGGUGUGUUGUUCUCUGUGGGGCUGCAGGUCAGGCGUAUUGUUCUCUGUGGGGCUGCAGGUCAGGCGUGUUGUUCUCUGUGGGGCUGCAGGUCAGGCGUGUUGUUCUCUGUAUUUUGAAGCUGACAAAAAAAGUGAAAGGCUUUGAGAGCAGCUGGGCCUUGGGAGCCAUGCUGGAGUACCUCCAUAAAGUCCGAAUCCCCUGACGGCGUCCCUCUGCUGGAGUACCUCCAUAAAGUCCGAAUCCCCUGACGGCGUCCCUCUGCUGGAGUACCUCCAUAAAGUCCGAAUCCCCUGACGGCGUCCCUCUGCUGGAGUACCUCCAUAAAGUCCGAAUCCCCUGAUGGCGUCCCUCUGCUGGAGUACCUCCAUAAAGUCCGAAUCCCCUGACGGCGUCCCUCUGCUGGAGUACCUCCAUAAAGUCCGAAUCCCCUGAAAGCGUUCCUCUGAAGUCUAAUGAAAGGUCACAGAGAGGUUGGACACUCUCAGUCCUCUAGGUCAGUAGCCCUUAGGCAAAUGUAUAAAAAGACAUCAGAAAUUAAACAUGUCAACAAACCUCUCAGGUUCAAAUUACAAUUGCUGCACCCUUAAUGAUUGUUUUCAGAAUAGUUUCCUUUCAGUUUAUUGGCUUUUCCCAGCCACCUGCUUGUUUUAUUUAUUAAUAUACAAUAUUAUAUUGUUCCUCCAUGGUAACUUGGGUUUUUAACUGUCAUAAGUCAGUGCCUUGAUGCUUCUUCCAUGGGUUUUUUUGGCAUAUGAUUUAAUAAUAUGCUACAGAUUGUCGACGCAUGAAAACUAUAUGGCCUACAUAAAGAGCCAGAUUUAAUAAGCAAGCUGAAUUGGCGCUCGUGAGAGUGUGUGUGAGAGACUGUGUGUGUGUGUGUGUGAGAGACUGUGUGUGUGUGAGAGUGUGUGUGAGAGAGAGAGAGACAGAGUGUGACGAACCAAGAACUCCCAAGUUUUUGGAGAACCAAGGUCAACAGGUGUGUACAGCAGCACCAGCAGCCAUGGUUAUGGUGUGUUCUAUGUUAAGUUGUGAAUGUAUGUAUAUAUAUGUAUAUGUGUAUAUUACCAAAAUAAAGUGAGAAUAUUGCAGAAA